AUGACAGUUGUUGCACUCCCGGCCGCGAUUUCAAACGAAUUGCGCUCCGAUGAUGAAACGCCAUUCAUAUUUCAUGUAGACAAGAACAGCUCAUGUGGCUGCUCAUGCUCUUCUUGCCAGUGUACCUCAAUCAUCAAGGAAUAUUUUGAUGGUGGUGAUGCCGAAUCUACUAACACUGAGAAGAGAGACUUGGCUUGCGGUUGUUCCUCAUCUUGUUGUCAAUCUGGAAAGAGAGACUCAACCCCUUCCGAAAGCAAAAUGAAUGAUCCUUCUUCUGGAUGUAUUGAUAAUUGCUUCAUGAAGAGAAUAAGACAGAUUUAUCACUUUGAAAUUGUGUUGGUUCGUAAAAAGAACGAAAACAGCGCUAUGGAAAUCAUUGAAAAGUUGAAAGACCAAGCCUUCAUCUCUAUUGCUGAACGUGAAGGAGAAGUGAGAAUCUAUGUUUCUGGCUACGUUUCACUUUUCCAGUUGCUAAACAAUUUGUUUGAAUCCAAUCGCAAGUUAUUCCAUAUUAAGAGCGCAAGAACUAUGAAGGUUCAUCAGGUUAAAUUUCGUGACUCUUGCAAAAUGAGAUGCAAUGGAUGUAGCUCUAAAGUUGAAAAAGCCUUUGCUGAUGUUAAAGAUGUAUCACACAUGUACUGUGACUUGGAAGAUCAAACUGUCAUCUUUUUCUUUAGCCAAGAGUCCACAAGACAUAGUAUCAAUGAUAUUCUUACCAAUGAUUUGAAAAAGACCUAUGAUAUUCUCAACACCAAUAUUGAGAUUGCUCAUGAAGAACAUAAUCAAGAGAAUUUGCUGACUUUGAAGGUUGAGGGUAUGAGAUGUGGCAAUUGUACCUCCAAAGUCAAGAAAUUGCUUGAGGAUCAAUUCAAGGCUCACGAUGUGAAUAUCGAUCUUUUGACAAAGAAGGUCGCUUUCAAAAUUGCUGAUCCAACAUUGGAAGAAAAGAUUAUUGAAGAAAUUGAAAAUCUUGGAUACUCAUGCACCAGAUUUGCUGAUUACAAAGAGCACAGUAUUAAGGUGAACGGAAUGAAAUGUGGAGGCUGUAAAAACAAGAUUAUUCAAGCUUUUCAAGGCGAUGAAAAGGUCUACUUUGUUGACGUGGAUUUGGAAAGCAAAGUUGUCAGCGUUCAAUGUGAAUAUGACGAACCAAGUGUAUUGAUUGAGAAAAUUGAGAGUCUUGGAUUUGAAUGUCAAAAGGAGGUCGAAAUUUUCACCAUUAGAACAGCUAAACCUUCUCCAACUACUGCGUAUAAGAAGGAAUUGGAUGAAGAUGCAUUGAAAGAGGCCCCAUCUACUGGUGGUACUUUACACUCGUAUGCUCCUGUUGAUGAAAUGGAGGAGGUUGAAAUUGAAAUGCAAGAUACUAGAUUGUUGAAUGGUAAUGAUGGAGCUGAACACACUUCUCCCAACAAGAAGUGUGUUGUUUCCAUUGAUGGAAUGAGUUGUGCAUCAUGCGUUGCAAAAAUUGAGAAAGCAGUUAAGAAAUUGCCUGGUGUUAGUACUGCAGUGGUAAACCUGAUCAUGCAAAAGGGUGAUAUCACUUAUGACGAUUCACUUAUCACUGAACAAGAAAUUGUGAAGAAAAUUGAAUCGCUCGGAUACAAGUGUGAAAGCUUGACAGAACAAAUGUCUCAUGAAAAGAACAGGCUUUUAUUAAGUGUCCCUUCAGGCUACAAAGACGAGUUGGUAGACCUGCUUACUCAUAUUUCAGGUGUUAUUGACAUUUCAGUUGGAGCUGAUGAAGACGUUGCUUCCAAUUCUAUGCUCACUAUUUUAUUUGACAGCAACGUGGUUAAGGCGAGAAAGAUUUAUGAUGAAGCAGUGGCAAGAGCUGAUCAACUCAACUUUGACGUUAAGAUUGUUAAAUCAUCCAUGAUGAAGAACAAAUUGGACACCCUUGCCAGAAAACAGGAAAUUAAGAAAUGGAUGUUCUACUUUAUCUUUGCUGCAUCCUUUACAAUUCCUGCCAUGAUCAUUGCCAUGAUAUUUGGCAACAUUCAUGAAACCAAAAUGGGAUUGAUGACACAAGUGGCUCCAGGAUUGACUGUGAUGAGCCUUGUCAUGUUUUUGUUGAUCACUCCAGUUCAGAUUAUUGGUGGCUACCCAUUCUAUCUUCUAUCCUUGAAGGCAUUAAGAGCACGUUCACUUGAUAUGAACGUCCUUAUUGCAAUCGCUACUACUGAAGCCUACGGAUAUUCUCUCUUUACAAACAUUUAUAACAUGGUUGAAGGAAAGAUCUCUAUUGAGCAUGACUAUUUCGAAACAGCUGCUGCCUUGAUCAUGUUCUUAUCACUUGGAAGACUAUUGGAAAGUAUUGCGAAAGGAAAAACUUCUUCGGCUCUUGUCACCUUGUUGAACCUUCAACCAACUGUUGCAAUUCUCGUUGAUGAAAAAGAUAACUCUGAGAAGGAGAUUGAUGUCGAUUUAGUUCAAGAAGGAGAUAUCCUAAAAGUCAUUCGUGCAAAUAAGGUGCCAGUGGAUGGAGUGAUUACCUCAUUGGACGGUGAAGCUCUUGUGGAUGAACAAAUGAUUACCGGUGAAUCUUUGCCUGUCACAAAGAAAGUUGGAUCUGAAGUUAUUGGUGGAACUGUUAAUGUUGGUGACACUUAUUUUUACAUGAGAGCCACCAGAGUAGGAUCAGACAGUACCUUGUCAGGAAUUGCAAAGCUUGUAGAACAAGCGCAAACAGAUAAGCCACAAAUUCAAGGAUUAGCAGAUAAGAUUUCUUCUUGGUUUGUGCCAGCUGUCAUCUUGCUUAGUAUUGUAGUUUUUGUUGUUUGGGCAAUUCUUGGCGCUUUUGACGUGUAUCCAAAAGAAUGGAGACCUGACCACAUGAGCCCAUAUAUUUUUGCAUUGUUGCUCAGCACUUCUACUGUCAUUAUUGCAUGCCCAUGUGCACUUGGACUUGCUGUUCCUACUGCCACUAUGGUCGGUACUGGUCUUGGAGCCAAGCAUGGUAUUUUGAUUAAGGGUGGUAGUCCAAUUGAAAUUGUUAAAAAGGCAACUGCUGUUACAUUUGACAAAACAGGAACUCUCACCAAGGGAGAACUAGUUGUUGAUGAUAUUGAAAUGUUUGAUGAUCAUGCAAUACUUGCUGAUAUUAUUAGAUACACUGCAGUUGCAGAAUCAAGCAGUGAGCAUCCAAUUGGAAAGGCUCUUGUCAAGUUCUGUAAACAGCAUGUGUCGUAUAAUGAGGCAUUAUUUAAUGUCUCCUCCUCAACAAUGACCGAAUUUAAUGCUGUUUCAGGAAGAGGUAUCAGCUGUAAUAUUGAAAAUGUCCACAUUGAUAUUGGAAACCAACAAUUUAUGUAUGACCAAGAAUGCGCCAUGCCAGAAUUUAAUGAUUCCAAUCGUUAUCAAACCUUGGUAUUUGUUGCUGUCAACAAAAAGCUACAGGCUUUAUUUAGUUUGUCUGACGAGAUUAGAGAAGAAUCUUUCCAAGUGGUUAAAGAUUUACACAAUAAGGGUCUAAAGGUCUUCAUGUUGACUGGUGACAAUAAGAGUGUUGCAAACUAUGUAGGUGACAAGAUUGGCAUCCCAUCUGACCGAAUUUUCUCACAACUCACACCUGCCGGUAAAACGAACAAAGUCAAAGAAUUGCAAGACAGUAAGGAAAUAGUUAUUAUGAUUGGUGAUGGUAUCAAUGACUCUCCAAGUCUUGUUCAAGCGGAUGUUGGCAUUUCAGUUGGACAAGGAACAGAUGUGGCUAUUGAAUGUGCUCAAAUUAUUCUCAUGAAGAACGAUUUAAGAGCUUUAGUAUCCACAAUUUCACUCUGUAGAAGUAUUUACAACAGGAUUGUGCUCAAUUUCAUUUGGGCUUUUGGCUACAAUCUUGUUGCUGUUCCUUUUGCUGCUGGUGUCUUCUUCCCACUCAUCAAAGUGAUGAUUCCACCUUGGGUGGCUGGUAUUGCGAUGGUUUCUUCCUCAAUUUGCGUGUUGCUAUCUUCUCUGUCUCUCAGAUUGCACAGAAUGUAA